AUGUCUUCAGUAUCUCGUGGAACGGAGCCGACGCGUGCCUGGACGGCGUGGCACGGCGCCGCACCGGACUUGAUAUCAGAACGACUCGGUCUUCAAAGUGCAAGCCUUUUUGUCCAGUAAAUCCUGCUGGCAGAUUUCUCAAAAGCUUUGGAUAUAUUCCAUUUCGCUUUUAUCGAUAAUUUGUGUCUCUCUCCUUGACUCUGAACGUUUCGGUUCAGAGUAUCUUUUUCUGUUUCACUCGCUGCCAAUUUGUUCGUACUGAAAAAUUUCAUCGAACAGAAAUAAAAUCGAAAAGUUUGAUUGAAGAAAGAGUUGGAAAUUUCCUCUUUUUGAUAAAUGGCCAUUUGCUAAGCCAGUAAGCUUUGCUCGUCUUUAUAAAAUUAAAAGGCCUUAAAAGGCCCUAAAAAAAUCUUCAUCGCGUUCUGUUUUUCUCGAAAACACCAAACAUAUAACCGAUUGAAACCGAAAUUUUAUUCGUUUCAAUCAACUGAAAUUCAUUGAAAUUUGAAAAAUAACUUGAAAAAAAAUAGAGAAGUUUUUGAAAAAACAUAUUCUGGUUGGAAGUUUGGCCGAAAUGACAAACAGAAUAAAAGAUGUGUCAUGUAAAAUUCGAAAGAGUUCGCAUUUCCUCUUCGAAGUAAGAAAAAAUGCUAUCGGGAUCUGCAUAGGCUUCAGAUUUUGUUUUGUUGAAUUAUGAGCCGAAUUAGGAUUUUUUUAUAGGUUGACAGAAUUUCUAGAGAAAGAAAUUUUUUGAAAGUUGAUUAGAUUUUGGGAGAUUAUAAUUUAGUUAUUUUUAUGAAGAGGUGGAAACCUUCUGUGAAAUCGGGCUUUCAACCUUCGAAGUCGACUGGACGAUCUGGUCGCACUCUGACGGCUGGAGGACCUCGGAAGAAGCUCACGUCGCUUGACCGAUGCUGAGGAGAUGAAUACAGUGCUUGUGGAAACAAAACGGACGGCCUCUGCGGUCCAACCUCUCAGACUCCGCCUCUUCCUCCACGCCCUCACGCUGGACAGCGAGUGGACGCAAGAGGAAAGUGCAUACUGGCCAGAGGGUGCAAAAAAAGGCAGCACGACUUGACGCCACAAGGCGCUUUUUCGCCCAUCGCUGCAACAUUACGAGCAGCGCUCCGCCACAGGCCGUGACAGGCAAAGUUCAAGAGCCGCCUGCAUCACACGUCUGGAGUCUUAAUCGCACUUUUCAAGCGAGACGCCGCAAAGCCAAUGUUGCGAUUUUCGGCUGA